AUGGGCUCAUCAAUCACCUCCGCCGGCAAGGAGGCCAGGGAGUCGAUGACUCCCAAAGAUGACUUCUCAGCACACGAGGGCAAAGGCGAGGGCCCAGACGCAGGCGUGUCUUUGGCCUCGUCCAACCGAGCACUGGAGCGAAAGAUCGUGAUGAAGACAGACGCCGUCAUCCUCACCUUUGUCACGUUGAUCGCCUUCCUGAUGUUCCUGGACAAGAACUGUCUGGCCUAUGCCAACAUCCUGGGCAUGAAGGUCGACACCCACCUCCAGGGGCAAGAGUACAGCUGGCUCGGGAGUAUCUUCUACUUCGGUUACCUGACCGGCAUGCCCGUGUCAGCCUUUCUCAUCACCAAAGUCCCCGUUGGCCGCCUCCUCGGAGUGGCGGCUUCUCUCUGGGGAGUGGUCAUGAUGUGCAUGGCUGCAUGUAACAAUUUCGCCGGACUAGCGACGGUGCGAUUCUUCCUCGGAUUACUGGAGUCGCCGGCCUUCCCCUCGGCCAUGAUUCUCAUCGGCAACUUCUGGAAACGAAGUGAACAGCCACUCCGGAUUGCACUUUGGUACAAUACAUUUGCCGGCAUCUUCGGAGGCUUGCUGGCCUUUGCCAUCAACACUCUCCAUGGCCACCUGGCCAACUGGCGCUAUCUCUUCCUGAUCUACGGCUCGGUCACCGUCCUGCUCGGCAUCCUGGCCUUCUUCUUCCUUCCCGUGUCGCCGGCAACCGCGUGGUUUCUGACGCCGACGGAAAAGCAGGUGGCCAUCGCCCGGCUGGCCGACACGCAGCAAAAGAACAACAACGACCGGCCCAGCGAGUUCAAACUAUAUCAAUGCCUCGAGGCCCUGCGGUCCAUCAAGUUCUGGGUCAUGAUCUUGCUCGUGCUGGCCCAGGGCAUCACCGCCGCGGGCAUCACCAACUUCAACCCUCUCAUCAUCAAAGGCUUCGGCUUCUCGACCCAGCGGACCAACCUGCUCGCGGCCCCGCAGGCGGCGGUCGGCAUCGUCGCGCAGGUGGCUCUCUCGCUCCUCGCCUACUUCAUCCCCAACUCUCGUUGUUUCUGGUGGAUCGUGGGCACCAUGCCCGCCCUGGCCGGGGCCAUCGUCAUCCACUCGGUCGACGUCAACACGCAGCGGCCCGUGGCUCUGGGCGGCGUCUACCUGAUGGGCUUCUACAACGUGGCCUUUGUCAUGGCCAUGGCCAUCAUCACCGCCAACACCCGCGGCAGCACCAAGCGACCGUUUGUCAACGCCUCCAUGGGCGUCGCCCUCUCGGUGGCCGAGAUCGUCGGCCCGCAGUUCUUCCGCCAGAGCCAGGCCCCCUACUACCAGCUUGGCAUCUGGGCCUUGGUGGUGUCGUAUGCAGUCAUGAUCGCCACGGGCGGGCUUUACUGGCUGAUUGCCGUCAUGGAGAAUAAGAUCAGAGAUCGGAAUGGUGGCGGUGGCGGUGACGGUGACGGCGUUGUUGCGGGAGAAGAUCAUGAUGCCAGUAUGGCUAUGGAUGUGGACCUCACCGAUGGCGAGAACAAGGCACAUAGAUUUUCAUACUGA